AGCUUCUUUUAACUUUGUUCUACUUGUUCUCGUACAAAAAUGUCUCCAUGAUGUAAGUGAAAUGAGUUGGGCGUGAGUGCACUUCCCCAAGAUUGCAUGAUCCAGGCUUACUAGUUCCGGAAGACAGACAAGGAUGAUGUGUUUGAGCCAGAUAUGUAAGGCGAAGUCGACACAACAGCAACGAAAGGCGUGAAGAGUCCAAAAGAACAAGGGCGGAAAAACGUCAGAUCGCUUCAGCUAGUCGACACUGGCGAAGUUUCUAGACCUCAAUGUCGUGCCAGAAUUGGGAGCUUUCUCUCCAUGACCUAUAUCCUUAAAUCACCGAAGGUUUCGGAGAAAUUUCCCAAUUCGAGACUAAGAUCCAGAGCAAGAAGUUGUGACUCUACACCAGAUCCAUCAAGCAACAAUGGCGAAAGUUCCUGCAGUUGGCAUUGAUUUGGGCACCACCUACUCGUGCGUGGGUGUGAUGCAACAUGGAAAGGUGGAAAUCAUCGCCAAUGAUCAGGGAAAUCGAACCACUCCGUCCUAUGUGGCAUUCACCGACACGGAAAGACUGAUCGGUGAUGCCGCCAAGAAUCAGGUGGCCAUGAACCCAUCGAACACCAUUUUCGAUGCUAAGCGACUGAUUGGACGGAAAUUCGACGAUGUCACCGUUCAACGCGACAUGAAGCAUUGGCCAUUCACCGUGAUCAAUGAAGGCACCAAGCCCAAGAUCCAAGUGGAAUACAAGUGCGAAAACAAAACCUUCACGCCCGAAGAAGUCUCGUCCAUGGUCCUGACCAAAAUGAAAGAGACCGCCGAGGCCUUUCUUGGAACAACCGUCAAAGAUGCUGUGGUGACCGUUCCGGCCUAUUUCAACGACUCUCAACGACAAGCCACGAAGGAUGCGGGUGUCAUCUCUGGGAUGAAUGUCCUUCGGAUCAUUAACGAGCCCACAGCCGCUGCCAUUGCCUACGGCUUGGAUAAGAAGAAGGGCUCUUCUCAAGAGAGCAAUGUCCUCAUCUUUGAUUUGGGUGGGGGUACCUUUGAUGUGUCCAUCUUGACCAUUGAAGAUGGGAUCUUUGAGGUCAAGUCCACGGCUGGAGAUACUCACUUGGGUGGUGAGGAUUUCGAUAACCGCAUGGUUGAUCACUUCAUCAAGGAGUUUCAAAGGAAACACAAAAAGGAUAUCACAAGUAAUAAGAGAGCGGUCCGAAGACUGAGAACUGCUUGCGAGAGGGCCAAGAGAACAUUAUCGGCAUCAGCUCAAGCUAAUAUUGAAAUCGACUCUUUAUUUGAUGGCGUUGAUUUCUAUACUUCUAUGACUCGAGCAAGAUUUGAGGAGCUCUGCUCUGACUUGUUUCGAGGAACUUUGGAGCCUGUGGAAAAAUCCCUGAGGGACGCCAAAAUGGACAAAUCGGCCAUUCACGAUAUUGUUCUUGUUGGAGGAUCCACCCGAAUCCCUAAAAUUCAGAAACUUCUUCAGGAUUUCUUCAAUGGCAAAGAGUUAAACAAGAGCAUUAACCCUGACGAGGCUGUAGCCUAUGGAGCUGCUGUUCAAGCUGCCAUUCUCUCCGGAGACACUUCUGAGGCAGUGGGCGACCUCCUGCUAUUGGAUGUGGCACCGUUGUCACUGGGCAUUGAAACCGCCGGAGGAGUGAUGACCACUCUGAUCAAGAGGAAUACGACCAUUCCCACUAAGCAAACUCAAGUCUUCACCACCUACUCUGAUAAUCAACCCGCCGUGACCAUCCAGGUCUACGAAGGGGAACGUGCCAUGACCAGAGACAAUCACUUGCUGGGCAAGUUCGACCUCACCGGAAUUCCCCCUGCUCCUCGGGGAGUGCCUCAAAUUGAGGUCACUUUUGAUAUUGAUGCCAAUGGCAUUCUUAAUGUUUCUGCUUCGGACAAGUCCUCCGGAAAACAAGAGAAGAUCACCAUCACCAAUGAUAAGGGUCGAUUAUCCAAGGAGGAAAUCGAGAAGAUGGUCAACGAUGCUGAAAAGUACAAGGCUGAGGAUGACCAACAAAAGGACCGCAUCACAGCCAAGAACAACCUGGAAUCUUACUGCUUCAACAUGAAAUCCACUAUCGAAGACGCUCAGCUCAAGGAGAAGCUCUCCGAUGCGGAUAGGAAGACCAUUGCCGAUAACUGUGAAGAGGCCAUCCGUUGGUUGGAUAGCAAUCAAACCGCUGACAAGGAAGAGUACUCGGAUAAACAGAAAGAGAUCGAGGGCAUUUGUAGUCCCAUCAUUAAGAGGCUUUAUGAGCAAGCGGGUGGCGCUCCACAAGGAAUGCCGGGUGCUCCUCAAGGGGCUCCCCAAGGAGCACCAGGACCAACUGUGGAAGAAGUCGACUAAGGAGAAAUUAGCUAUUUGUUGACGAUUAGCAUCAAUAUACGUUCAAAGUAAAAAAAUAAAUAAGGCACCAUG